AUGCUGGAGGAGGCGUACAAGGGGUUCAACGUGUGCCUGUUUGCGUACGGGCAGACGGGGAGCGGAAAGACAUACAGCCUGCUCGGGGACGUGGGGAGCGAGGAGCACGCGGGCGUGGCGCCGCGGUUUGUGAGGUGUCUGUUCGACGAGGCGCAGCGGAUGGUGGACGAGGACGCUGACCUGACGAUCAAGGUGUCGCUGUCGAUGAUCGAGGUGUACAUGGAGAAGGUGCGCGACCUGCUUGUGCCGCGGCAGCGCGGGCAGGAGCCGGAGUCGCUGGAGAUUCACGAGGACCCGAGCCGGCGCGUGUACGUGCGUGGCGCAAGCGUGCACCAGGUGCUGAGCGCUGAGCGGAUGAUGGAGCUGCUGCGGAAGGGCAACGCGAGCCGGCAGACGGCGGAGACUAGGAUGAACGAGACGAGCUCGCGGUCGCACGCGAUCAUACAGAUCACGGUGUCGCAGGAGUUCGCGUCUGUGGAGAAGAAGGACCUGGAGUGUGUUGUGUCGCUGGUGGACCUUGCGGGGAGCGAGCGGCAGACGAAAACGGAGUCGAGCGGACAGCAGUUUGACGAGGCAAGAAAGAUCAACCACUCGCUGCUGAUGCUGGGGCGCGCGCUGAACUCGUUUAGCGAGCGCAAGGGCAGCGACGUUUUCAUCUCGCUGCGCGAGUCGAAGCUGACACGGUUGCUGUCGGAGAGCUUUGGGGGGAACAGCAAGACGUGGAUGCUGGCGACAGUGUCGCCGACGGCGUUCAACCUGACAGAGUCCAUCUCCACGAUGGACUACGCCACCAACGCGAUGGCCAUCACCAACAAGGCGAAGGUGAACAAAAGUUCAAGAGACUUUGAGUAUAGUGAUCUCCUAAAGAUGCAAAAGUACCUUGAGGUGUCUGCAGCGCGUGAAACGAGUCAGAUUGAAAGCUACGUCGCUCAAACGGCUGAGUUGAAGGCGGAGAUCGAGGCACUUAAUCAGGAGCUGCUGACGCUGAACGAUUCACAGCUCGAGGCUGGGUUGCAGGAGGCACUUUCCGAGCGGGAUGCGCUUGUAUCGGAAAUGGUGUCGAAGCUUGCUGGCGUUGGUCUAAGGGGAGGAGGUGCACCGCUUGUAUGCUUUUGUGGCACGUGCAAGACUUCGCUGUGCUCGAUCCCUCUUGGCUCUUAUGAAGUAAACACGCUGGUCGUGCCGCUGUAUGAUCUUGUGGGACCACCACCGCUGCUGCAAUGCAAUCUUCACGUACAGCUCACCGAGACCAAUGACGUGAUGGUGGUUGUAGAGCUCGUGGAGCUGCAUCAUUUACCUGACUUUGCCACGGGUGGAGUGCGUGCGUCGAUUUGGUUUGAAGGGCAGGCGAGCAGUCGGGUUGUUACUCCCAUUGUCUCUCCAAACGGUGGUAACCCAAAGUUCAAUUUCAAGCAGGUGUACAUUUUUGGUCCAUUGACGGGCGAGCUUCAGCGCUUCUUUUCCGCUGAUGUGUUAUAUCUACAGGUGGAGGGCAUCACCAGUGUCUCUGAGGACUUGCUUGAUAGGGAUGACGUGGAGGCGCAGUGUCUUUCUUAG